AUGAUGUCGAUUCCAUUUAAACAAACAGCCAGAACAACAACUGGUGUAGUUCCACCCACUGAAAAGAAGAAAGGAAGUAAAUUGUUUGCUCUCAAAACAGAUUUUUUGAAAAAUGACGAAGAUUCAAUUCAAAAAGGUAUUUUAGAUCAUGUUGAAUAUACAUUGGCCAGAACCAAAUAUAAUUUUGAUUCGUUCUCUGCAUAUCAGGGAUCCGCUUACAGUGUAAGAGAUCGUUUGAUUGAGAGAUGGAACGAAACUCAACAAUACUAUACCGAGAAGGAUCCAAAGCGUGUCUAUUAUUUAUCUAUGGAGUUCCUCAUGGGUAGAACUCUUCAGAAUGCAAUCUACAAUAUGGGAUUGAACGACGAAUAUCACAACGCUCUUUUGGAGCUCGGAUUCGAGUUGGAGGAUCUCUACGAGGAGGAGAAAGAUGCCGCCCUUGGUAAUGGUGGUUUGGGUCGUUUGGCCGCUUGUUUCAUGGACUCGUUGGCCACCCUCAAGUACCCGGCAUGGGGAUACGGUUUGCGUUACAACUACGGUAUGUUUGAGCAGGGUAUCUACGAUGGUUAUCAAACUGAGGUGCCAGACUACUGGUUGGUAGCCGGCAAUCCAUGGGAGAUCGAACGUCUCGAUGUCCAAUACACUGUGCGUUUCUACGGUCACGUCGUUGAGCGUAAGACUAGCGAGGGUGUUAAGUUUGAGUGGGAGGGUGGAGAGCUUGUCCAAGCGAUCGCUUACGACACCCCAGUUCCAGGUUAUCAUACUACCAACACCAACAACAUCCGUCUCUGGAGUUCAAAGCCACACAAGGAGUUUGACUUGGAUGCCUUCAACGGUGGUAACUACUUGAGUGCCGUCGAAGCCAAACAACGUUCGGAGAAUAUCACAUCGGUACUCUAUCCAAACGACAAUACCUACAGUGGAAAAGAGUUGAGAUUGAAGCAACAGUACUUCUUUAUUGCUGCCACUUUGUGCGAUGUCGUUCGUCGUUACAAGAAGACACACACCGGAUGGAAGGAUUUCUCGUCAAAGGUUGCCAUCCAGUUGAAUGACACUCAUCCAACCAUCGGUAUCGUUGAGUUGUUCCGUAAGUUGUUGGACGAAGAGCAUCUACAGUGGGAUGAGGCAUGGUCGAUCGUCACCAAGACCUUUGGCUACACCAACCACACCAUCCUUCCAGAGGCACUCGAGAUGUGGCCAGUCCAAUUGAUCGAAGAUCUCCUCCCACGUCACAUGCAACUCAUCUACGGUAUCAACCACAGAUUCUUGAUUACCGUCACCCAAAAGUGGCCAGGAAACAUCGAUAAGAUGAGAAAUCUCUCGAUCAUCCAAGAGGGUGACGAAAAGAAGGUUAGAAUGGCUCAUUUGGCUAUUGUUGGUUCGCGAUUCGUCAAUGGUGUCGCCGCUAUGCAUUCAGAGCUCGUCAAGCACCGUGUGUUCCCAGAUUUCUUUGCGUUGUUCCCAGAGAAGUUCCAGAACAAGACCAACGGUGUCACUCCACGUCGUUGGAUCCAACAGGCCAAUCCAGGUCUCAGCCAGAUCUUGACCAAGUGGUUGGGUUCCGAACGUUGGGCUAUCGAUUUGGAGAUGAUCAAGGACAUCCAAAAGCAUAUCAACAACCCAGAGUUGAUCGAGGAGUGGAAGUCUGUCAAACAGUUCAACAAGGAGCGUCUCGCAGACUUUAUCCACAAGAACUGCGGUGUCAAGGUCAACACCAACGCACUCUUUGACGUGCAUAUAAAGAGAAUUCACGAGUACAAGAGACAACUCUUGAACAUCUUGGGUGUCAUCUACCGUUAUCUCUCGAUCAAGAAGAUGUCGGUGGAGGAGCGACAAUCGGUUGUUCCAAGAGUGGUCAUCUUUGCCGGUAAAGCUGCCCCAGGUUACUUCAUGGCCAAGCGUCACAUCAAGUUGAUCAACUCUGUCGCCGAAGUAAUCAACAACGACAAGGAAGUAGAGGAGUAUCUCAAGGUCGUUUUCAUUGCCAACUACAAUGUCUCCGUCGCCCAAGUCAUUAUCCCAGCAUCGGACAUCAAUCAACAGAUUUCCACCGCCGGAACAGAGGCAUCUGGUACCAGUAACAUGAAGUUCACCAUGAAUGGAUCGCUCAUUAUCGGUACUCUCGACGGUGCCAACGUUGAGAUCGCCGAGGAAGUCGGUGAGGAGAACAUGUUCAUAUUCGGUCUGCGUACACACGAGAUUGACAAGGCACGUGAGAAGAUGAAAGCCAAGGAAGUCGUGAUUGACUCGCGUCUCCAAGAGGUAUUCUUGAAUAUUGAACUCGGUACCUUUGGUCCACCCGAGAUUUUCAAGCCAAUCGUUGACUCAUUGGUCUACAACGAUUUCUACUUGACUAUGCAAGACUUCCCACUCUAUCUCGAAGCACAAGAGGAAGUCGAUGCCCUCUGGAAGAAGCAAGAUGAAUGGAUCAGAAAAUCAAUCAUCAACACUGCCAACACCUAUUUCUUUAGCAGUGAUCGUGCAAUGAGAGAGUAUGCCGAUCAAAUUUGGGAUAUCAAACCAUGUGAAGUAGAAACAACUGAAAAUAGAAGAUAUUAA